GUAAAUUGCAUGAUGUUCAGCUGAAUGUUUCGGACACGUUUUGAUCCGUAUCAUUUCCUCUUAUGCAAUUGGAAUCGGAACCCAUAGCUCAAAAUGGAUAAGUCACUUAAACUUUCGAAACAUGAUAUGACCCCAUAUACAUUUCAUUUACAUUCAAGUUUUGCUCAGCUAUUAGCAUUGAUACGUCGAGGUCAUUAUGAAGAUGUUAUUGAAUUAUUACGGCGUGAACCACAAUUACUCAAACUUCGUGAUCGUAUGGGUCGUUCAGCAUUACAUCAUUGUGUUGAUUGUUGGCCGCUGUCAAUUAAUCGGCCAAAUAUUAAUGCUGAUAUUGGAAAAUUAUUAAUAAAGAUGAUGCCUACGAUGGUCGAAUGGCAAGAUCAAGAAGGCAAUAUUGCAUUACAUUUGGCUGUAAUCAAUGGUGAUAUUGCACUAGUACGACAUUUACUUCGAUCCAUGUCAGCCGUACAGAUCAACAUUGCCGAUUAUGAACUACAUACAGUUAUACAUUGGGCUGUGGUCAGUGGCCAAUUGGUUGCCAUGACGAUGGCAAUGGAACACGGCGCCAAUCCAUCAACACCAGAUAUUUAUGGUGCCUAUCCUUUACAUUAUGCUACACAAAAUUUUCUCGACAUGACAACCGGUAGCAACGUAAUUACGAAUAAAAAUGGAUCAACACGUCAUCUUCAAGCACAACAAUCGCAUGAGCAACAAUUUUUUGGUUCAUCAACAUAUAAUCUUCAUCAACUUGAACCUAUUCCACUACUAUUUCCGGACAUAAAUUCAAAGUCGAGCCAACAACAAUCAUCAUCGCAACGUCGAGCCGAUUCAUUACGUAUCUUACAUCAUUUACUGACCAGGCCACAGAUUGAUGUCAAUUGUAUUGAUAAUGAACAACGAACACCGUUGAUAUGGUCCGCUAGUUCAGGUAAUCAUGAUGCAUUGUUGGUUUUGGUAAAAGCUGGUGCCGAAAUAUCUCAACAAGAUAAAGACGGACUUUCAGCAUUACAUUGUGCAUCAAGCCGUGGACAUUAUCGUUGUGUUCAUACAUUGAUUACAAUGUGUGGUGCUGAUGUACAUCAAUUAGAUUCCGGUGGUUGUACGCCAUUAUUCUAUGCCGUAGCACUUGGUCAUCCGGAUUGUGUUCGAUUGUUAUUGGAAUCGGGUGCACAAUUAGAUCAUCAAGAUCAUAAAGGCCGUACAGCAGCACAUUGUGGUGCAUCUAAAGGACAAUUAGAAACUUUGAAAAUACUUCAAGAACAUGGAGCAAAUUUAUGGUUGAAAAAUGUUCGCGGUGAUUUACCACUUCAUGAUGCAGUUAAAUCUGGACGAGUUGAUCUCGUGAAAUGGUUUCUUGAUCAAUCACCGGAAUCUGUAAAUGAAGUUAAUCUGUGUGGAAGAUCUCCAUUACAUAUAGCCGCCUUUAAUCAUAAUUUAGAAAUAUGUAGUCUUUUAGUUUCAUAUGGUGCUCAUAUGAAUCCUAUUAUGAAAGUUCGUAAUCAAUAUCUUACACCAUUGGAUGCUGCUUUGCAGAAUGGAAGCGUACGAUCUACGACUGCAUCGAAUUUAAAUGAAUUACUAGAUUAUCUUCGACGACAGGGUGCACAGCCAUUAUCACAAAUCGAUCGUCAUCUUGCAGAUCAAAACGAUAAUAAUUUUCCAAUGGAAAUGGAAAAUACAACAUUUCAGUUAUCACCUUCAUCAAAUAAAAAUAUAUCGAUUACGAAUGUUACUCUACAACAACAUGAUGCUCCUACUUUAGACACAACUUUUUCUAGAAUCAAAUCUAGACGAUCACAAGAAGUGAAAAUUCAGGAUAAUGAAACUGAUCAACACCGUAAAUCUAAAUCAAAACUGGCCCGUUUUGAUGAUGAUCAAUCUGAAUCGAAUUUCUCUACAAAACUGCCUAAUCUCGUAAAUAAUCAUCAAACGAAUGGACAGGGCGUACAAACCCGAGCUGUUUCAUCAAAAUCUGAAUCCUCAUCGUCACCGCCAUCUUCAUCGCCACCAAAUUCGGUUGUGCACUCAGCUACUGCUCAUCACCAUCACCACCAUUUCACGGAUCGUAUGAAAAAUAUUCGUGAAUAUGAUACAGUUUUGGAAAAUAAUAAUGGACCAGAUGGAGAAACUAAACAUCCUACCCAUUUGAAACAAGCUAUCAUAACUAAUGUUUAUUUGACUACUACAGCACCAAUAGCAGCAGCUACUGGAACAUUACCACUUACAUCAUUAGAAAAUAAUGAAAACACGACCGCUUCAGGUACAUCAAUCGCAACAGGAACAGCAUUACUUCCAGUUUAUUAUGUAAAGCGAGUCCCUCCAUUGAAAAAACUUUCAUCAUCAUCAUCAUCCCAAAAACGGACAAAAAAAUUGAAGAAAUCUCGUGUCAUUGGUGAUGGUCAAAUUUCCGUUAUAUUAGAAACCCAUGAUACGUUUCAAUCAGUGUCUGGCGAUGUACGAGAACAACAUACAAGGGUUCAAGAUGAAUUAUCAUCUGAAAACAACAAACAAUCGAGGAAAAAAUCAAUAAAAUUGUAUGAAGACGAGGAUAAAAACGAAAAUGUCGAUGUAGAUAAGGACGAAGAAGACGAUAAAAUAGAAGAUAAUCAAAGCAAUAAAUCUGAAUAUGAAAAAGAUGAAGAAAUUCAAGAAUCCGUAAAAUUUUCUGAAACAAUUUCCGGACAUAUUAUGGAUGAAAAAACACCAGAUUCUGGUUUCGAAAAUGAAGAGCAGCAUCGUAAAAUUUUAUCGGUUGAAACAAAAGAAAAUGAAGCUGAAUUAGAAAUGAAAAGGAAAAGUUUGUCUUCAUUGUUGUCAUCCGAAUCUAAUCCCGCAGAUAUAAAACGAAAAGAUUCAAAAUCAUGGAUAGACUCAAAGAUUGAAUUGAGUGCGGAAAAAACUAAAGAAGCAAUAAAUGACACUGUUGAUCACUUUAAUGAAAAUAUUCGAUCUGAUUCAAAAGAUAGUCGACCAGAAAUUCCACAUGAAUUAAUACAACGAGAUUUUGUUCAAUCAUUCAAUAAUGAUAAUGAAGACGAGAAUAUUGACGAUAAUAGCGAUGAUGAAAGAAGGAAACGUUCAAUUUCAAAUAUAUUAGAUGAGCCUAAAUUAAAAGCACAAAAAUCAGUUGAAAGUUUACAAUCACCAAAAUUAUCAACAGUCGAUUCAAUUGAAGAUGAAGUUACAUCUACAAAGUCCGGCCAUGAUGUUCAUGAACAAAAUUCCGAUAAACCAUUGCAAAUGUUGAUCAUAAACAUUGAACAAAAAGUUCCAAAUUUAGAUGAGGAUGAACCAAGAAUUGUUGAAGUCACUGAUGAUCAGGAUAAAAAUAAUAAAGAGGAAUUUGAAUCUGAAACAUUGGAUGAUCAAAUCAAACAAGAUGAGAAUAUAAAUCAUGAUGUGAAAACUGAUUCUUCAAUACCACCUGAUCUUCCUGAAGUGAAUGAGAUUGAGAUCAAACAAAAAGAAAUUAAAUUCAAAGUCAUUGACGAUACACCAUCCGAAAUAAUAGAAACAGAUAUCACUGGAAUGCAAUCAGAGGAAGCAAUGGAUACUACUCGUGAGAAAACUAUUGAUGAUAAUUCGGAUGUAAAAAGCUUUGAUGAUGGUGAUGAUAGAAGCGUUGAUGAUGCUUUACAUUCUAUUAAAAGUGUAGAUUCCACAGAGUUCAAAGUUCAAGAAUCGAUUCAGACUCUAGAUGAUCAGAUAGCAAAAAUUAUUGAUUCAAGUGCUCCAUCAAAUUUUGUCAAUGACAAUGAAGAAAAUGAGCAAAAAAAAUCACUUACUGAACCGAAAAAUCGCGCUUUUUUACGACGAAAUUCUUACACAAAAGGUUCCAUUGAGAUAAAUGAAAAUCAGCAAUCAAUCAAACAACAAUCUAGUAUCAAUGAUCAACUAAAUGGUGCUACCGAUUUAGAUAACAUGGAUUAUUCUGAAAAUAAACUAAAUAGUAAUCAGCCAGCCUCGUCCACUGUUUUCGAAUCAUCAUUUGGUCCUGUUCGUCAAUUAAAAGGCAAGAAAAAAUCUUAUGAUUACGUUCGUCCAAAAGUGGACUCAUAUUGGUCAGACGAUUAUCAUCGUCAAAAUCAUCAUCAGGAUCGUUCACUCGGUCCUAUAGUAUUGUCUGGUAAACAUGGUCAUUGCAAACAUCAUCAUCAUCAUCAUGAUAAACAUGGCGGAAGUAUGGGAUAUCUAGCGUCAUCAUCACAUGAUGAAUAUGCCCGAAUCGAUCCUAAAAUAAUCAAUCAGACAGUGGAAAAAUAUUUGAGAAAGUACUAUUUGGAACGACAAUUAUUUGAAGAACUAUAUGAUUUAAAGCGCUAUCAAAUUCGUACUGGACGUACAAACGAACCACAAUCGGUUCGACGUUUAGUAGAUCGAUUUCGUCGUGAAAUGAAAGCACCAGGAAUGUCAGAGUUUAAAGGUCCAUAUACUUAUCGUGCUUAUGAAAUGUAUCUUUAUGAUUUACUUCGACAAUUAUCACGUUCUAAUCAGAAAAAGCUAGCUUACAUGACUAAAUCACUUAGCUAUGAUGAUUUAGCCACAAGUUUUGAACGUUUACAAUCUGAAACUGAGGCUGCUGCUCAAGCAACAUCCUGUGAUCAAUAUCAACGACAUAAACGUCAAAAUCGUACAUAUUAUUCUUCGAAAAAUUUUGGCACGAAUGCAUCGGAUGUUUCUUCCGAUACAUCUGAUAUUCCUAAUGAUCAUCAUGAAUAUGGAAAUAGAAAAAGUGAACGAGAAUCGGCUACUGCACGUCAUUCCAAAUUCGAUCCACUAUUAGAUUAUGAUAGACAUCCACAUGGUUUAGUUGUUGAUUAUAAAUAUGAAUAUCAUAAAUCCCAACAUCGAAGAAGAAAUGAUACUCAAGGUGAACUAGUAGAUGUGAUAUGUGAGAAUCUCUAUAAAAGUACUGGUCUUAAUGGGUCAAAGAUGGAUGAAAUGGCAGUAUCCAGAAAGAUAAUCCAACGUUCUGGCCAAGAAGAUAACGACAAUGAAACGAAUAAUGGUGAUCAUGAAAAUGAUUACAAAAAGAAAAGUGAUGAUAAAUCAACAAUGGCUGAUGAUGGACAGAAUGUCGUAAAAAAUAUGGAAUCAGACCAAAAGGUAAGGUGGCCUAGAGAUAAUGAUGCAAGCCAUAGUUAUACUAAAAGAAAAUGUAAUGAUGAUGAUGGAUAUUUGUCUCGUUGUUAUCUAUAUGGCCACCAUGGACUAUCACCAUUAAAUUUGAUUGAAUCCAAUUCAAAUAGUCCGGAUAAUUUACAUCGAAGAUUAGUCAGAUUAGCACAAUCAUCGCUCAUUAAUAACGGUAAACAAAAGAGAAAAAUCUAUGUAUUAUCAAAAAAACCGUAUAAAGUAGUUGUACCACAUGCUAACGAAAUACAUCAACGAUGGCAACAGAUUAAAGAACAUGAACGUAAACGUAAACAUUAUAUUCGUAAUGAACAUCAAUCAUCGUUCACAUCAUCAUCAAUAGAUUCAGAUGUGACACUUUGGUUUGAAUUGAAUCAUAAAUGGAGAUCUUAAAUUGUUAAAUUUUAUCCCUACUUUUGGAACGUCUGCACAACUUAAUUUAACACACGAUCUAAUAGUUGUAGAUUUGAUAGUUUCAUAUUCACUGAUUGAAAAAAAAUCAUAUCUUUGUUUGUUGUUGUUGAAUGGAUUGUUACCAAGAAUCUCCACAAACCUUUAUCAUUGUUAACAUUUGAUGUGAUAAAAAUAACUUUAGAAAUAAAAUACAAUAAUAAUUUUUCUUU